AUGCGUUUCACCAUCCUUGCGGUGUGUCUGAUAAUAUUGUCGGAUAAUGUAUUUGAGAAAUCUCGAGGGACGAUACAACUUGAUUCCGUGUGGGUUCUGUCACCACCAACGGAGCAGGCGUUUUCCCUGGUACCAUGCGAGGGGGGCGUGCCUCCGGGUGAAAGCGUGACGGUCAAGGCGAUCUUCAGCCCGGACUAUUCCCGUAUCUGGCCCUUUCUGGGAGCAUUUAGGAUAGAAGCGAGGGACCAGGUCUACGUUGAGGCUGCGCCACCGGGACAAAACCCCGGCGACCGUACCCCGGAGGCCACCGAAGACGCGCUAGACCCUCGGAGUGGUCUUUUCAGCGGCGGUCGGGGGUCGACCAAGGAUGGAAGGUUGUUGCCGGCAUCGGCUGGGGUACAGAGCGCUGCGCCAGCUCCUUCGCCGAUCGUCCUUCGGUUCCCUAAGAGUGACAACAGCCAACCCGCAACAGCGGAAGAGAAGGGCGGACGUGACCACGCCAACGUCAAGGAGUCCUCGAGCAAGGCAACGGCGGUUAUGCGGCUUAUUGCUGGGUGCCUAGCCAUCAAUGACCCUAUAAAGUCGAGCGCGGGGUCUUUCGAGAUGGAGUUGAGUGCAGAUGCUAGGGAAAAGGGCUUCAAGGUCACACCGGAGAAAGGCAACAUCCCUCCAGGCAGCACCGCGGACAUUUCAUGCGCGUUUGAGCCACCUCCGCCGCCCCCGUCGUUGCCCGGCCCCGCGGGUGGAAAGGGAGGUACCCCGGAGUGGUACAAGACCACGGCGUUCGUGCACCUCCGCGGGGGCUACCGGCCGCCUGGGUCGAGCGAAGUCCACACCGUCUCAGUCCAGCUAGAGGGUUUCAUCACCGCCUAG